AUGUUGGGUAUGGUUUUCUGUUUGUUUUUGUCUGUCCGCGUGUGGCGGUGGUUAGCUAGAGGAUGUACCGUCACACGGAUGCUUCGCACCUGUUAUUUAUUUAUUUUUUCUUAUGUUUGUUUUUAUCUUCUCAUUUUUCUAUUGUUUUUUUUUUUUUUUUUUCUUCUGAAGAAAAUGCGAUUACUCGGGAUGGGGUGCAGUAGUGCAGUGUUUUCACUUCUUGACAACGAGGAAAGUGGGGGAGAAGGAAAAACAAAGGAAGGGGAGACAAUUGCAUUGAUUAUUGAGCAGAUAUUUGAGAGUGGCAGAAAUCUGCUGCAUGGGCUGAUCGGCUGCGUUGCUCUACGGCUAAGCAGAGCAAUGACCUUUGCGUGUUCGACCUGCGACCAAGCCCUAGCGGACUUCAUCGGCUUCAGGCAUGAAAUUUUACUGACGGAUGAGCUUAGGAAGUGUUGUGCCGCCACCGUUUCUUUGUCUUUACAGGAGCAUUGCAAGGGUGCGGGACACGCCCAUAUAAUCCCAAACUUUGCAAUCAACCCAGCUGUUCUCAUAGGAAAUGGGCGAGGGUCACGAUGGCUUGUCGUGGAAAUUAAACCAAAGGGAGUGUGGCGACCCCCGCGUGUGGUUGGAAUACUUGUGGAUGGCGUCGAAUAUUACAUUCAUCCCGUGAAACUUUACCAAUGUCGUUUUUCUCUCAUGCAGUUACUUAAAUAUGAACGGCGUGGAACGGGAGUUGCAUCGCCAAGUGACUCAAGUACUGCAUACUGUCCCAACAUGCUGCUAAUUGGGGAUCAACCUUCAAUAAAAAAGGGGAUACGACACUUGAUUCGUUACCCGGCAAAUAAUUUUCGUUUAUUUUCCACAGAAAAUUCUUCGGGUGAGAUCAGUGAUGCGGAUCUUGACGAUUUGUCUACAGCCUUACAUGAAUCAGGAAUUCUAAAGGUGCUGGAAAAUCUGCAACUGUGCGGUUGUGGCAGUCAUUCUGACUGGGAAGUGCUAGAUAUCGAACUCUUGUAUCGAUGGAGUUCCGCGAGGGAAACAUCCGAUGUGCAAUGGAUUGUGCGUGAAUCGGAUGCUUCUUCUUCUUCUUCUUUGAAGGUAGAAUGUGCCUGCCAGAGUGGAAUAAUUGAACGUUGGACGGACGAAGGGCGAAUUAAAGAAAUCGGCACGCGUUUUAUAGCCCCACCAAUGGGGCUAAAGGAGUGCAUCAAUCGUUUUUACGCUUCGACAACGGCAAAAGAUGUGUCUGUGUUGGUAUCGCUAUUGAAUGGGAAUACUAUGGAUGCAGCUACGGCUUCGUCUGCUGUGGGUGGGCCGACGGGGAGUCGGCCGCGUUUAGAACUGACUCAAUGGAAGAGCUUGUAUGGGGGCGUUUUUGUGGAUUUUGGAUUUCCAAAUGCAAGUAUUUGUCGUGUUGGUGCGGUGGAUGUUGAUGCCAAGGUGCAUAAAUCGUUGUCACAUUAUUUUAUCCUCGACAAGAACGUUCUUGCUGCGUGGGAGCGGUGGAAAAGCACACGGAUUCUUUCUUUGCGAUGA